AUGCUGUACACUCACGCUACUAUCGUGACUGUCGAUGCGUCGCGUCGUAUCAUCAAUGACGGCGCAAUCCGCGUAGUCGGCGAUACCAUCAAUGAUGUUGGCAAGACCGAUGUUCUCCAGGGAAAAUAUCCCGAUGAAGAGGAAUAUGAUCUUUCCGGUCGCAUCAUCAUCCCGGGCCUGAUCUCGACACAUAUGCAUACGGCGCAGACCCUGCUACGAGGCACCGCUGAUGACUUGGAGUUGGUUUCGUGGCUGUGCGAACGUAUCUGGGUUCUUCAGGGUAACUUUACUGCAGAGGAUGGAUACGCUGCCGCACGCUUGAGCAUUGGAGAGAUGCUCAAAUCGGGCACCACUUGCUUUUUGGAGAGCAUGUUCGCAGAUAGAUACGGAUUUGACGGACUCUGUCAGGCCGUUGAGGAAAGCGGCAUCCGUGGCUGUCUGGGCAAAAUCGUCAUGGACAUUGCUAAAUAUGCCAAAGAUGAUGCAUGGGCCAUGCAUCCGGGUCUCGUUGAGAAUCGUGAAAUUUCACUCCUGGGAACUGUGAAAAUGUGGGAGAAGUGGAAUGGCGCAGCCAAUGACAGAAUCAGAGUCUGGUUUGGUGCCAGGACUCCUGGAGGAGUAUCCGAUGCACUCUACAAAGAGAUGACAGCCAUUUCAAAGGACAAGGGUAUCCCUAUCACCAUGCAUUGCGCCGAGGUCAAGGCCGACCGUGACUUCUUCUCGUCGGUCUCUCAUACUCCCAUGUCAUACUGUGACUCGGUUGGUCUGCUGAGCGACUCCACGGUCCUUGUUCACAUGGUCCACCUAGAUGAUUCCGAUAUCAAGCUCCUCUCUUCUUCAGGAACGCAUGUGGCACAUUGCCCAACUUCCAAUGCAAAGCUCGCCUCUGGUAUUUGCCGAGUCCCCGAUCUCCAACAAGCAGGAGUCAACAUUGGGCUGGGCACCGACGGUGCCCCAUGUAACAAUACAUGUGACCUCCUGCAAGAGAUGAAACUAGCUGCGAUCAUUCACAAGGGAAUAUCGCAAGAUCCGACCGCCGUCCCGGCAGAGGACGUGCUGGAAAUGGCGACCAUCAACGGCGCCAAAGCAUUGGGCCUGGCAGACCGAAUUGGCAGCCUGGAGAUCGGGAAGAAAGCUGACUUCGUAGCGAUUGAUGUUCGCGGGAUCCAUAGCCAACCUUGGUUCAACCCCGUCAGUGCGGUUGUCUAUACCGCCACAGGACGGGAUGUUGAUACCGUUGUAAUUGACGGGAAGGUUGUUGUUCGGGAUGGAGUGUUGCUGACGAUGAAUGAGGAAGAGGUUGUUCGGGAAGCUCAGAGAAGAAGUAAGGAAGUUGUUGAGCGAGCUGGAUUGGGUAAGAAAGUACAGGCUCGUUGGCCUGUCGAAUAG